AUUAACCUAUCCUGCACUAAAGCUUAUCCCCAAACCCGGAAUAAACUCCCGAUAAAAAAACCCCGGCUUAAACAUUAUCUAAUACCCCAUUCAGUUCUGAACUUCUCUUUGCUCUCCUAGACAACCAUGUCCAGAGGAACGGAGAAACUGAUAAAGAGUGUGAAACAAUUUGCAGAUUCCCAAUACAAGUCCUUCACAACAAGAUAUGGGCAACAAGUUAUUGACAUUUUGGAGUUCCCAAUUAAAGUAGUGCUCUCUCCUUUCACCCUUGCCUUUGACAUUGCUGGCUCUGCUCCUCGUGGCUUUGGAAUCCCUGAGUUCAUCUCCAAGCUCUCCUAUACUUCUGUCUUUGCUAUUGCUGCUUUGGGAACCUAUGAUAUUGCUUUAGAGCUUGGAAAGAAGGUGAUAUGUCAAAGGAACUGUGUUACCUGCAAUGGAUGGCAAGCUUUGCGGUGCACUAUGUGUAAAGGAUCAGGGAAGGUGCACUAUAAAGUGAAAAACUACUCCUUGAGAAGUGGGGAGAAAGCAACUGCAGAAUGCAUUGCAGAUGCUAUUGUUGAUAAUCGAGCAGAGCUGGUGCAGCUUCCAUCUGCAGUUGAUCUUAAUACACCGUUGCCAACUAAAGAAUGCCCAACUUGUGAUGGAACAGGAGUAAUGCACUGCCCUGAAUGCAAGCACAAAUUACAAAUCAGGAUCUCUGCGGACGAUAUAAUGGAACCCCCAUGGAAGGCAUAUAACAUCUUAAGGAAGAUGGAAUAUCCAUAUGAGCACAUAGUUCACAGCAUGAAGGACCCCAGCAUUGCGGCAUUUUGGUUGCUUACCCUACCUCACAUUGUGGGUGGAUUUGACUAUGAUGAUGAUGUGAAGCAGAAAAUUUGGUGGCAAUACAAGGAAUCUAUGCGGUAUGACCAACUUUGUGAUGUGGUGGCCAAGCGAAAUCCUGGCUGGGAGCACUUGCAGGAAGCCUUGAUUGCCAUAGAUCCUGUUCGUGCUAGGGAAGACCCUGUUGUAGUGAAAAAUGUUCCUUAUUACAAGGCCAAGAAGGCGUUGGAGGCAGAAAUAAUGAAACUUGAUACUCCUCCCCGACCACAGAAUUGGGGUAACCUGGAUCUUCCUCUAAAUGCUUCUUCAUGGAGUGAAGAUGACCUGAAAGAUCCAGCAAAACUGUAUGAAAUGACUGUUCUUCUUAAUGCUCAAAGAGAGAUUGCUGAUAAACUUCUAGAUGCUCAGUGGGAAACCAAAUGGCGCCAAGAGAAGUUAAACGAGAUGUUGGAGGAAAAGGUGCGUCCAUACAUGCAGAACAUCGAUAAUGGUGUCCUUCCUCAGCCAAUUGUAAUACACUCUCAAAACGGAAAUCAGAAGAAAUCCAGGAGGAGAUGGUUAAUUUUCUAAAUCAUUUCAGUCAUUUUUGUAUCUGAUAAUGUUAGUGCCUAUAUACUUCCCCAGUUUUCACCCUCUGUUUUCUACAUCCUCAUGGAU